AAAGACCGAGUGUGAGCGUCACGCUUAGCAUCGCCCGCCUUCGUUAAGAGACCAGUCCGCCCUCUUUGUCCAAAAUCCAGCCUCUUUUGAUGCCAUCGACUCUACUUUUCCGCUGGGUCUCGCCUCCUCUUUUCCCCUCUCUCCUCCUCCUCCUCCUUCUCCUCCUCUUUCCGUCUUCUUGAGCUGUAAGCCCAGCCGUCCCUUUUUCAACCUCAACAACAAGAACAACAACAACAACAAUAACAACACCCAAUCCGGCUGAAAACAAUCCGAAUACCAGCUUCAACCAUAACCGCCCGCUAUCUCGGCCAUUGAACCGCAUUGACGUGGGCUGUGGCCCGCACUGACCGGACCACAAUGAAGCGGAACGCCCGUUCUGCCCGUUGCCACUACUUCCAUUGCCCUCUUGCAUGUCCGGACAUGGGCCGACCCGUUAUCCAUGGCGAAACCGACUGGCCAUAAUCCGGCGGACCCUCUAAAGCUGUUGGCCGCCACUUGCACGAAAAUUGACCGCCAAGUGGGUCGCGGGUCGUCCUCCUUGUCUUUGGCCGAAUCCUGGGUGGCUCGAUCCUACGGUUUCCCACGUCCACAGGUGAACUCGAGCUCAACCUCGUCUUCAGGCUCCAUCCCUCAACCAGUCCAAUAUCAAUACACUAUGCCUGUUCAACAACAGCCACAGCAAUCCCAAGGGAUACCUGCUCAGGCUCAACAACAACAACAACAACAACAACAGCAGCAGCAGCAACAGCAACUCCAGCUACCCACCCAACCGCAUCCGCCGCAACCGGCCCUUCAACCUGCUCAGUUUCAGCAGCUUCAAGCGGCCCAGCUUCAGCAAGCCGGAGCUCAUCCGCAAAUACAGCCUCAAACUCUGGCCGGUUUGGGCCAACCACCUCAAAUGAUGGGGCAUCAAAUGUUGAGAUUUGCCAAUGCUGGACAAGCACCCGUUCAACAAUUUAUGGGUUUCCCUGGUGCCCAACUGUCUGGACUCCAAGGCAUUCCGGGAAUGCAAGGCAUCCAGAUUCAGGGCUUACCGGCGGGUAUGCACCCUGGCCAGCAAAUUAUUUCGUUGGCUCAGAGUCAGGGUUUAAAAUCUCAAGGCAUUACCUCGCUAGUGAAUAGCAGUACCUCUCAGACCUCCGGAGCCUCCACUAAUGUCACUCAGACCACCAUGUCCCCGGCUAUGACGGCGGGUGGGCUGCCAGGACAGGCCAUGCCUGGCCAACAAGUAAUUCAGAUUCCUCAAGCUUUCCAGCAAAUGGUGUCCAUGCAAGUGCCAGUGUCACAAAAUGGGCAAACCGUUUAUCAAACCGUUCAAGUACCUGUGCAAAAUAUGGGAGCCACCACGGCUCUUAUUCCCCAAGUAGUGCAAACAUCAGCUGGACAGCAAGUAAUCAUGCAGCAAGUGAUUCAGCCUCAGAUGCAACCACAGUUCGCCCAAAUUGUCACGCCCAACGGACAAAUUCAGCAUGUGCAAGUUCUUGGUGGGCUACCAGGUCAAAUGAUGGGCGGCUUUCAAAAUAUUGGUUCGAUUCCUGCAAUGGGCGGGAUGCCGAUGCAAGUUCAACAACUUGGUGGGGGUCUAGUCCAGUCCCAAGCCAAUGGGGGCGCAGCUGUAACGUCAACCACAUUUGCCACAGGAACAACAACCGCCUCCUCCGCAGCCGCUUCUUCCAAUCCGUCAAUGGCCACAACGGCUCCGUCAUCCUUGGCGCCAUUACAGCCCAAGAUCGAACCGAAGGUCGAAUAUGACCAAUCAUCGUCAGAUGAGGCUGACACAUCCAGCUCUGAUGUCAAAUCGACCGGAAACGAGCCAUCCUCGUCCUCUCAAGGUUCGAGUGCGGCCAACCCACUUUCAUUCCAAUUUGGUGGGGCUCAUGGUGUUCCUGUCAUGGCCAAUGGUGGGCAGCAAGUUAUGAUGACGGCCAAUGGGCAACAGGUUAUAGUUCAACAACCCUCAGUAGCUCAACAGGCCCAGGUUUUGUCCAUACGCACUCCGAACGGGCAAGUUGUCCAGAUUCCAACUAGUGGGGUUUCUCAAGCCGAAUCAGGUACCCCAUCUGGGAUCACGCAAGCCAUAUCGCUACCACAAGUUCCAUCUAGUAGUGGCAAUUUCAUCAACAUCCCGGGGAUCGGACAGGUUCAGGUUAUAAAUGCGGCAGGCUUGCAACAAGUGGGUGGUGGUUCGGCCGCAUUCCAGCUUCCUAAUAAUAGUCUCCAGGGCCUGACCCCUCCCGGUGGUGGCCCUCAAGUGAUCUCGCCAGGCCAAGUCGCAAUGGUCGGCCAACCAGGGCUAGCGCAAGGUGGAACUCCUAUUUCCAUGGCUGCCCAACCAAUGCAACAAGCGCUGCAACAAGAUCCUAAUGAUCCCAACAAAUGGCAUGUGGUGCAAGUUGCUGCCAAUCCUGGCCAAGUCUCCAUAGCUUCCGCGCAAGUCGUAAGCACGGCUUCUAGUGCCACGGUAGACCCUCCAGCCAACGCACCAGGGCCCUCCAAUGGUCCUCCCCCUCCGAAGACUCGUCUUCGUAGAGUUGCAUGUACCUGUCCCAACUGCAAAGAUGGAGACCGAAGUCGCUCCAAGAACCCAGAUGGGAAACCUCGGAAGAAGCAACAUAUCUGUCAUAUUCCUGGAUGUAAUAAGGUCUACGGAAAGACUUCUCACCUACGGGCUCAUUUACGAUGGCAUAGCGGAGAACGACCAUUCGUGUGCAAUUGGCUAUUCUGCGGGAAACGCUUCACCCGAUCCGAUGAGCUCCAGCGUCACCGCCGUACACAUACAGGAGAAAAACGAUUCCAAUGCCCAGAGUGCCAUAAGAAGUUCAUGAGGUCUGACCAUCUCUCCAAGCACGUUCGCACUCAUCAAAAGGGAAUCCGAUUAGAUUUUGACGAAAUGUCUGGCGUCACCGAACCUGAUCAAUCCCAUAUGGGUAUGGGCGAGCCUGGGGAGCUCCAAAUUGGCUUAGGGGUCGAUGAAGAGGAAGAUGAUGACGAUGAUGAGUACGAGUCCGGAUCUGAUAUUAGUGACUCGGAAAUUGCGUCGUCCUCAGUUGGACCCGCUCAACAAAUUCAUUCAUUGGCUUCGUUUUAACUCACGCAACCAAUAAUUACGCCCGGAACGCAGUUCAAAAAAUCCUAUCCUUGCAUAGGAGUCACUAUUUUGAAAUAAAUGAAUCAAAAGGUAUUUUUUUGGUCCAUUUCGAGAGGCCAAAUGUGAAAGCCACCAAAAAUGAAUAAAAAAUAGAUCAAUGAACGAG